UUAAAUCAAGUCAUCUUAUCAAACUAUCUAAAAGUCAAAGUCAGUCAGCUGUUAAUAGCCGAAAUUGAGCGAGAAAUUAAUGUAUUUUAGAGAAAAACUACAAAAUUAGAUAUUCUACAAAAACAUACAAAUAACAAAAACAAACAUGUGGCCAAUAAUAAUGCAGUUUUUGAGAUCAAAUGCACCAUACUUCACUUUACCUGUGGCAGCCGUGGUCGGAGUAAUAGGAUAUAAUCUAGAGGGUCUAAUAUCUGAUAGAUACACACCUUAUACUAAGCCAGUCCAAGACCAGAGACUAGAACGCUUAACAGAGGAAGACAUUCUAAAAGACCCCACAAAUGUCCAAAAACUAAAAUACCACGAGAAUGUACUCGGAAAGAACUUAUCACCGUCCCUUCAAAACAAAAACUAGUUUUAAUUGGAGUGAGUGUGUGAAUGUUUCUUUAAAGUUCUUUAAAGCUAUUAUUGUAUAUAUAAUUUAACAAAGUGUAAACUAAUUGCUUGUUGUGUAAAGUUAUUGCUCGCAAUGUAAACCUGUCACUUACAGUGUAAAUUAAAUGCUUGCAGUGUAAACUAAUUGAUUGCAUUGUAAACUUUCUGCUUGCAAUGUAAAUUAAUCAAUUACAGUGUAAACUUAUUGCUUACAUUGUAUUUAUUCAUUGCAAUAACUAAUUCAAUGUUUACAUUUAGUUAAAUUGUAAAAUAAUGAUUUUAGCUUCAGACAAUCCUCGUUUUAUAAGGUCGAUCAAGAGAAAUUACUUAAUCACCUGUCAAAUAGAUUUUAUUGAUCACCUUUUGGGAAUGGGGUUAUAAAGAUAUUUCCUGAAAUUCAGAGAAGAGAGUAUAGAUUUAUUUUAGAUGUACUUAGUUGCUUAUUUCGUUUUGUUUUUGUUGUACAACGUGAAGUCACACUUUUUUGUAGCUGAACUAAAUGUUUGGUACUUUGCUGGAAGUCAGAAAGCAUUUGUCCAUCUUUCAGUGUCAUUUCAUAUGUGUUAAGACAGAUAUCAGUCAAAUUUGAAUACUACUUUCGUGCUUGGACAUGAAGCAGUUUUGUAAAAAUUGUAUUUCAUAGAAAUAAACAAUUUUAUUAAUAACCAAACUUUUCUCAAAACUGUAAUCGGCUGAACUUAAUAUUGAAGAUUCAGGUUUUUGCGGAAACGACUAUUCCUUACUGAAAAGAAAAUUGUUUAUUUCAGAAGCGCCUUUUUAAAUAUUACCAAGUUUGUCACGUUUUGUAUAUGGGUUAAAGCAUAAUUAUUCACAUCUGUUAAAAUGCUAGUCAGAUUUUAAUCAUGGCCAUUACAUUACUGGUAUAACAUUCUUUUAUAUAUGUAGUUGCAAAUAUCCCUUUCGUCUGAAAUCAAAUCUUGCAAGUUCAAAUUGACUUUGACUGUCUUUAGAAGUAUGUUGUCUCAUCAUAAAACUUGUCCUUAUUACCUACAUAGUAUGGGCCUCUAGUGAUUGUAGAAUGUAUUGUUUUAAACAAAUCUUGCUAGAAUUAAAUUCACUCAUUCAAACCAUAUACACAAAUACUUAGACAUAAUAAAAUAAAACGAGCUUUAGUAGAUCACACAUGCUUGCCCUGGAAGCCGACCCCAACAUAGUUGGGAAAAGGCUAGGACGGUGACAUGCUUGUCCCACGCGGGGAUCAAACCCGCGUUGCUGGCUUACCUCACAGUAGUCAGUGGCAUGGCGAUCUUUUUAAUUUAAUAUUAUAAUGAACUUCAUGAAAAUAAGACUAUUUGAAUAUUAUACAGUCACUUUAAAAAGAUCCCUUCAUAUAAGUUGUCAUGAUAAAUGUUCUUUCAUAUGAAAUUUAUUUUUCUGGAGUACUUGUAAAAAAUUGUCAUAAUACGAAUUUGUUGAUCAAAUUAUACAAAGUGUUGCCAGUGCAAAUGCAAAUUGAACUGUGAACUUUAUAGUAUUCUGCUUGUAGUACAUAUUUAAUUGGCUAAUAUGCAUGUGCACUGGCAACCCUGAAUGUACUUUAUCUGUAGCAAUGUAAUGUAAGUUGAAUAAAUAUUCGUAUGUUGUAAAUAAUUGUUUUACAUUGUUAUUAAAAAUAUUUUGAUCCAU